AUGUCCGACUUGAAAAGACGUAAAGCCUCGCGCGACGAGCCCCCAAAGCCUGUCGAACCUGAACAAUCUGCCCCCAGCAGCGAAUCCGAGGACGAAUCCGCGACUGUCGAGGCCGCCCAAGCCGAUGACAAGGAGGAAGCAGAGCCGCCGAAGACCUUUAAAGAACUCGCUAAUACUCCCCACCACCAGGGCAUCGUCGACGCCCUCUGCGAAGCCUGCGAAACCCUCGGCUACAAGACCCCAACCGGCAUCCAAGCCCAGUCGAUCCCCGUCGCGCUGCAGGGCCGCGAUGUGAUUGGCCUCGCCGAGACGGGCUCCGGAAAGACGGCCGCGUUUGCGCUGCCCGUGCUGCAGGCGCUCCUCGACAAGCCGCAGCCGCUGUUCGGCCUGGUGCUGGCGCCGACCCGCGAGCUGGCCGCGCAGAUUGGCCAGACGUUUGAGGCGCUCGGCGCGCUCAUCUCGCUGCGCUGCGCCGUCAUCGUCGGUGGCCUCGACAUGGUGCCGCAGGCCGUCGCGCUCGGCAAGAAGCCGCACGUCAUCGUGGCCACGCCCGGCCGGCUCGUGGACCACCUCGAAAAGACAAAGGGCUUCUCGCUGCGCACGCUCAAGUACCUCGUUCUGGACGAAGCCGACCGGCUGCUCGACAUGGACUUUGGCGAGAGCAUCGAGAAGCUGCUCAAGUUCAUCCCGCGCGAGCGCCGCACCUACCUCUUCUCUGCCACCAUGAGCUCCAGCGUCGAGUCGCUGCAGCGCGCCUCGCUGCGGGACCCCGUCCGCGUCAGCGUCAGCGCCAGCAAGUACCAGACCGUGUCGACGCUGAAGCAGCACUACGUCUUCAUCCCGCACAAGCGAAAGGACACGUACCUCAUCCACAUCAUCAACGAGUUCGCCGGCAAGUCGUGCAUCGUCUUUACGCGCACCGUGUACGAGACGCAGCGCUGCGCCGUGCUGCUGCGCACGCUCGGCUUCGGCGCUAUCCCGCUCCACGGCCAGCUUUCGCAGUCGGCGCGCCUCGGCGCCCUCAACAAGUUCCGCGGCGGCACCCGCGAGAUCCUCGUCGCCACCGACGUCGCCGCCCGCGGUCUUGAUAUCCCCAAAGUCGACGUCAUCCUCAACUACGACAUCCCGUCCGACUCCAAGACGUACAUUCACCGCGUCGGCCGCACCGCACGUGCCGGCAAGUCGGGCGUCGCCAUCAGCAUCGUCACCCAGUUUGACAUCGAACUCUUCACCCGCAUCGAAGCCGCCCUCGGCAAGAAGCUCGACGAGUUUGACACGAAAGAGGAAGAGGUCAUGACCUUCCAGAGCCGCGUGCAGGAGGCCCAGCGCCACGCCCGCAACGAGAUGAAUAACAUCAUGGAGUCGCGCAACAAGGGCGCAACGAUGAGAAAGGGACGCGACAAUAAGCGGCGACGAGACGACAUGGACAGAGGAGAGCGGUAA